CGGCGAGACCCGCCCCUCCCGCCGUGGCCCUGUCCAGCCAGAGCGGAAUAGAGUUUGGGUCCCGACCUGCGCACCACGCCUGGCGCCCCGCGACGCUCGCCCCGCAAGUCCCGUUUACCCCGCCCCACUUCGCUCCGCCCCGCUCCGGUGUCGGCCCUCCCGGCCUCCGGGUCUUGCCGGCUUACGGACCCGCCCCCGAGGACGUGAAGCGCCGUGGCGCCGCAAGUUUGUCAAAGAUGAAAGUGACCUUAUCAGCUUUGGAUACUUAUGAGAGUUCUUUCACACCUUUGGUGGUAAUAGAACUUGCUCAGGAUGUCAAAGAAGAAACCAAAGAAUGGCUAAAAAACAGAAUUAUUGCUAAAAAGAAAGAUGGAGGUGCCCAGUUGUUGUUUAGACCACUGUUAAAUAAACAUGAGACAGAAACACUGGAACAUCACAAUCUGUAUCUUGUUGGUGCCUCCCAGAUCAGACUGUUACUGGGGGCAGAAGCAGUGGGAUUGGUAAAAGAGUGCAAUGAUAACACCAUGAGAGCCUUCACAUACGGAACGCGACAGAACUUCAAAGGUUUUGAUGAUAACAAUGAUGAUUUCCUCACAAUGGCAGAAUGUCAAUUCAUUAUCAAACAUGAACUUGAAAAUCUUAGAGCUAGAGAUGAAAAAAUGAUCCCUGGCUACCCCCAAGCAAAGUUGUACCCAGGAAAGUCAUUAUUGAGAAGAUUGCUCACAUCUGGCAUCGUGAUUCAGGUGUUUCCACUACAUGACCCUGAAGCCCUGAAGAAGCUUGAGGAUACCUGGUACACUCGGUUUACUUUGAAGUAUCAACCCAUAGACAGUAUUCGUGGCUACUUUGGAGAAACGAUUGCUCUUUACUUUGGAUUUUUGGAGUAUUUUACUUUUGCCUUAAUCCCCAUGGCUGUCAUUGGGUUACCUUACUACCUGUUUGCGUGGGAAGACUAUGACAAGUAUGUGAUCUUCGCCUCGUUCAACCUGAUCUGGUCCACAGUGAUCCUGGAGGUGUGGAAGCGUGGCUGUGCCAACAUGACCUAUCGGUGGGGGACAUUGCUGAUGAAGAGACAGUUUGAGGAGCCCCGACCAGGGUUUCAUGGGGUCUUGGGUAUCAAUUCUGUCACCGGUCGGGAGGAGCCUGUCUACUCCAGCUUUAAGAGACAGCUGCGCAUUUACCUGGUCUCGCUGCCUUUUGUAUGCCUCUGUCUCUAUUUCUCUCUGUAUGUCAUGAUGAUUUACUUCGACAUGGAAGUCUGGGCCUUGAGUCUACACGAGGAUAGUGGGUCCGAGUGGACAAAUAUCUUGUUAUAUGUGCCCAGCAUCAUCUAUGCCAUCAUAAUUGAGAUCAUGAACCGCCUCUAUCGAUAUGCUGCUGAGUUUUUAACUUCAUGGGAGAAUCACAGAUUGGAAUCUGCAUACCAGAAUCAUCUAGUUCUGAAAGUUUUGGUGUUCAACUUUCUAAAUUGCUUCGCCUCACUCUUCUACAUUGCUUUUGUCCUAAGGGAUAUGAAGCUUUUGCGCCAGAGCUUGGCCACACUUCUGAUUACUUCCCAGCUCCUUAACCAAAUAGUGGAAUCUCUUCUUCCUUAUUGGCUCCAAAGGAAGCAUGGUGUGCAGGUGAAGAGGAGGGUGCAGGCUUUAAAGGCAGACAUUGAUGUUGCAUUAUAUGAACAAGUCAUCCUGGAAAAGGAAAUGGGAACCUAUAUGGGAACCUUCGAUGAUUACCUGGAGUUAUUCCUGCAGUUUGGUUAUGUGAGCCUUUUCUCCUGUGUUUACCCAUUAGCAGCUGCCUUUGCUGUGCUAAAUAAUUUCACUGAAGUCAAUUCAGAUGCCUUAAAAAUGUGCAGAGUCCUCAAACGUCCAUUCUCAGAACCUUCAGCCAGUAUUGGUGUAUGGCAGCUGGCUUUUGAAACAAUGAGUGUCAUAUCUGUGGUCACUAACUGUGCUCUGAUUGGAAUGUCACCUCAAGUGAAUGCAGUCUUUCCAGAGUCAAAAACAGACCUCAUUUUGAUUGUAGUAGCAGUGGAGCAUGCACUCCUGGCUUUAAAGUUUAUACUUGCAUUUGCCAUACCUGAUAAACCACGACAUAUCCAGAUGAAACUGGCCAGAUUGGAAUUUGAGUCCUUGGAGGCACUCAAGCAGCAGCAAAUGAAGCUCGUGGCUGAGAACCUGAAGGAGGAACCGAGGGAAGAUAUAAAAGAGAAGGCAGCCUGAGCGCCCAGCACGCCCGGCUGCCCCGUCCACUGAGGCCUGCGUUGGGAGACAACUGCCGGAGGGUACCCAAGCAGCACCGUGCACCUGAACCCAGACCCACUGCUUGGCCACGUGGAGUGGCUCCCACGUGGCAGGCCCUCACGUUGCAGUGCCCUAGCUCAGGGGUAGAAAAGGGCAGCCAGGACCCUUGGCCCUGCCCGCCCUGCCCCUUUCUUGGCCCCACAUGCCCGUCCAGCUGCCUCACUCUGCUGCAGAGCCACUGUUGCCCUUGAGCCUCGCCACACCCUCACAGUGAGUGCCAGUCACUCAUGACCCCACCAGGACCUGUGGCAGGGCACUGGGUUGAGGCAUGUGCCUACCCAGCUGAUCCUAGCCGUGCUGUCUGGUCCUGCCGAGCAUCAGUUGAGAGAGGGGCGUGUUUCCUACUCCCAGGCCUCCUUCCUGAUUCUGUUUUGCAAUAUGUUAACAGACCUUUUGUCAAAAAAACCAUAGAACUGAGCUAUUAAAGGCAGCCUGCCCUCUGACUCCUA